UUACACCCUAAAUCGAUAUCAAAAUAUAUCGAUCUGUUCGAAGCUGUUCCCCUCUUCUUCGACAACUCCUCUUCGACGACGACGACGGCUGCUGUUUCUGUUCCUCUUCACGACGACUGAUUGGGAGGAAAUCCAAGUAUAGGAAAAACAAGAUGCCUCUGGGACUACUCUUAGGUUUAGGAAGGUCAUGGAGAAGAAAGAGAACAUCAUCACUUGACAUUCUAUCUUCAAAGCGGGGCCCACGGGAUUAUUACAAAGGGAAGAACUGCAAGCCUACUGGUUUCCAUACACGCAAAGGUGGGUAUGUUGUGGUGAAUGAGAAACUGCCAAAUUAUGUUGUCCCUGAUUUAACUGACUUCAAGCUAAAGCCAUACGUCUGUCAGUGCCCAAUAGAUGUUAAAACUGCUGAGGCUGCUGAUUCUGCCAAAUAACCAAAUAUAUGUGGUCUCUCGGCGUACCUCUUCCACUCAUUGGAGUGGUGAAGAAUAAUUUUUUUUUCUUCGUUUAUUUUAGGUGCCUUUAUGUCUUCUUUUUGGCUUUUAGAAACACUGAAGAACAGUUGAAUGUUACUUUCACUGAAGAACUAUGGAGAAUUCGGCUGGCUAUUCAGUAUUCA